AAGACGCCAUUCCAGCAGCAACAACGCUACACUUCAGACAGUAUUUAUGUGACAAUUCCCGACAUUUUAUUAAUACUGAUUAAUCACGAUUGUUUUGUGAGGCGGUUUAAAUAAUCCAAGGUGUUUUCUUCAAUUGAUUUGGCUACAAACCACCGGCUUCUUUUGCCUAUGAAAUGAUACCUGGGCGACCUGCUUUGCUGAUUUGAGACUCGGUGAAGAUGAAUCGACCAAAACCAACAGCCCUGCGGCGCCCAAGUGCUGCAAAAACAUCAGGUCAUCCCCCGCCUGGCGAUUUCAUCGCUCUGGGCUCCAAGAACCAAGGUAGCGAAUCCAAAGCCCCGGCGGUCCUCCUGAAGCCAGCUGCUGCGGUUUUACCAGCAGACCGCAAGAGAGAUACGUCCUCCGCACCGCCAUCCUCAUCGAGUCUCUCCAGCCUUGCCAAGCGACCCAAACUUUCCACCACCCCGCCAGUCAACGCUCUGGGACGACUUGCGGAUGUUGUAGCUGUGGACAAGAGGGCCAUAUCCCCCUCCAUUAAGGAGCCAUCUGUGAUACCAAUUGAAGUGUCACCGGCAUUGCUGCUGGACGAGAUCGAGGCCGCGGAAGCGGAGGGAAAUGACGACCGCAUUGAGGGGCUACUAUGUGGAGCGGUGAAGCAACUCAAGAUGAACAGGGCCAAGCCGGACAUCACGUUGUACCUCAGCCUCAUGUUCCUGGCUAAAAUCAAACCCAACGUUUUUGCCACUGAAGGAAUCAUCGAGGCCUUGUGCAGCCUGCUGCGGCGAGAUGCUUCCAUUAACUUUAAAGCCAAAGGAAACAGCCUCGUGUCCGUGCUGGCCUGCAAUCUGCUGAUGGCCGCGUAUGAAGAGGACGAGAACUGGCCUGAGAUAUUUGUCAAAGUGUACAUCGAAGACUCCCUGGGGGAAAGAAUCUGGGUGGACAGUUCUCACUGCAAGAAUUUUGUGGACAACAUCCAGACGGCUUUCGGCACCAAGAUGCCGCCUAAAAGCAUGCUGUUGCAAGCCGAUACGGGUCGAGCCGGUGGCGAUCUCAGUGCAGGUAGCAGUCCUCAUCCAUCAACUCCUGAUGAGGAUGACAGCCAGGCUGAAUUACUGAUCGCUGAGGAAAAACUCAGUCCUGAGGAUGAAGGGCAGAUCAUGCCAAGGUACGAGGAACUAGCGGAGAGUGUGGAAGACUACGUGCUGGACGUUCUUAGGGAUCAGUUGAACCGCCGACAGCCGAUGGAUAACGUGUCCCGUAACCUGCUGCGUCUGCUGACGGCUGCGUGCGGAUACAAAGAGGCCCGACUCAUGGCGGUGCAGAGGCUGGAGAUGUGGCUCCAGAACCCAAAGUUGACCCGACCAGCUCAAGACCUCCUCAUGUCGCUGUGUAUGAACUGCAGCACACACGGAGCCGACGACAUGGAGGUGAUCUCUAACCUGAUCAAGAUCCGACUCAAGCCCAAAGUGCUCCUCAACCAUUACAUGCUCUGUGUCAGGGAACUCCUGAAUGCGCACAGGGACAACUUGGCCACCAUGGUGAAGUUGGUCAUCUUCAACGAGCUGUCCAAUGCCAGGAACCCCAACAACAUGCAGGUUCUCCACACGGUUCUGCAGCACAGCCCGGAGCAAGCACCAAAGUUCCUGGCAAUGGUGUUCCAGGAUCUGCUCACCAACAAGGACGAUUACCUCCGCGCCUCGCGAGCUCUGCUGAGAGAGAUCAUCAAACAAACUAAACAUGAAAUCAAUUUCCAGUCCUUCUGCUUUGGUUUGAUGCAGGAGAGGAAGGAGGCCAGCUACGUGGACAUGGAGUUCAAAGAGCGCUUUGUGAUCCAGGUGACUGAUUUACUGACCGUCUCCAUGAUGUUGGGCAUCACAGCUCAAGUCAAAGAAGCCGGCAUUGCUUGGGACAAAGGAGAGAAGAAGAAUCUGGAGGUCCUGAGAUCCUUUCAGAAUCAAAUCGCCUCCAUUCAAAGGGACGCCGUGUGGUGGCUGCACUCCGUGGUUCCUACCAUCAGCAAAGUGGGCGCCAAGGACUACGUCCACUGCCUUCACAAAGUGCUUUUCACAGAGCAACCAGAGACCUACUACAAGUGGGACAACUGGCCGCCAGAGAGCGACAGGAAUUUCUUCUUACGCCUCUGCUCUGAGGUGCCCCUGCUGGAGGACACGCUGAUGCGUAUUCUGGUUAUCGGGCUGUCCCGUGAUCUGCCGCUGGGCCCCGCCGACGCCAUGGAGCUGGCAGACCAUCUUGUCAAAAGGGCGGCUGGUGUUCAGUCAGACGAUCUGGAGGUCCUCGUCGUGGAGCGGAUCCAGCUCAUUGACGCCGUGCUCAAUCUGUGUACAUACCACCACCCAGAAAACAUCCAGCUGCCCGCUGGGUACCAACCACCAAAUUUGGCAAUAUGCACCCUGUACUGGAAGGCAUGGCUGCUCCUGCUGGUGGUGGCUGCAUUCAAUCCACAGAAAAUAGGUUUAGCCGCCUGGGAUGGUUACCCCACCUUAAAAAUGCUCAUGGAGAUGGUGAUGACAAAUAACUACACGUACCCGCCAUGCACCGUGGCGGAUGACGACACGAAGACCGACAUGAUCAGCCGCGAGCUGCAGAUCUCUCAACGGGAGAAGCAAGAGAUUCUUGCCUUCGAGAGCCACCUCGCCGCCGCCUCCACCAAGCAGACCAUCACAGAGAGCAACAGCCUGCUGCUCUCACAGCUUACCAGUCUGGACCCACAGGGUCCUCCUCGUCGACCUCCACCUCAAGUCCAGGAGCAAGUAAAGACACUCAACCAGUCCCUACGCCUCGGCCACCUUCUUUGCCGCAGCCGCAACCCGGACUUCCUCCUCAACAUCAUACAGAGACAGGCUUCCUCUCAGUCCAUGCCAUGGCUGGCUGAUCUGGUCCAAUCCAGCGAGGGGUCCUUAGACGUGCUUCCAGUGCAGUGCCUGUGUGAGUUCCUCCUGCACGACGCUGCGGAUGACAGCCUGCAAAUAGAUGAUGACGACGAGGGAGGGAGCAGAGAGCAGAAGGCCAAGAAGAGACAAAGACAACAAAAACAAAGGCAGCUCCUCGGACGUCUUCAAGAUCUUUUGCUUGGACCAAAAGCUGAUGAGCAAACCACAUGUGAAGUGCUGGAUUACUUCCUGCGACGUCUCAGCUCCUCUCAGGUGGCGUCAAGAGUGCUGGCGAUGAAGGGGUUAGCACUGGUUCUUACUGAAGGAGGCCUCAAAGAUGGAGAAGAUCGCGACCAGCCUAUGGAAGAGGAUUCUGCUGAUGCUGAGCUCCUUCCCGGGUACCAGUGGCUCCUGCAGGACCUCCCGAAGCUUCCCAUGUUUGACAGCGUGCGAGGCAUGACGUCCACCGCACUGCAGCAGGCCAUUCACAUGGAGACAGAUCCUCAGACCAUCAGUGCUUAUCUCAUCUACCUAUCCCAGCAUGCACCAGUGGAGGAGCAGGCUUCUCACAAUGACCUAGCUUUGGACGUCGCCCGGCUCAUCGUGGAGCGCUCCACCAUCAUGAACAGCCUGUUCUCCAAGCACUCCUGUCGACCCGAAUCGGAGGCCGUUCUCAGCGCUUUCCUCUCCAUUUUCUCGGCCUACAUAAGGAGGAUGAGGAAGACCAAGGAAGGGGAGGAUCUAUACAGCUGGUCAGAAUCUCAAGAUCAGGUGUUUUUGCGAUGGACUACAGGGGAAACCGCUACAAUGCACAUCCUUGUCGUUCACGCGAUGGUCAUACUUCUUACUCUGGGACCCCCUAAAGGGGAGAGCGACUUCUACAAUCUUUUGGACAUUUGGUUCCCUGACAAGAAACCUUUACCCACCGCCUUCCUGGUGGACACAUCCGAGGAGGCCCUGCUGCUGCCCGACUGGUUGAAACUGAGAAUGAUUCGAUCCGAGGUGUCACGAUUAGUAGAUGCAGCUUUGCAGGACCUGGAACCUCAGCAGUUGCUUCUGUUUGUUCAGUCCUUUGGUAUUCCGGUCUCGAGCAUGAGUAAACUGCUGCAGUAUUUGGACCAGGCUGUCUCUCAUGAUCCACAGUCACUGGAGCAGAACAUCAUGGAUAAACAUUACAUGGCCCACCUUGUGGAGGUGCAGCAUGAGCGCGGUGCCACCGGGGGGCACACUUUCCACACCUUGCUGAGCUCCUCUCUUCCUACGCACAGAGAUGACGCUGAUACAAGUAAAGCUAAAGUUACCGUGGAAACGCCCCACGGCUCUGUUAAGAUGAGAGCAGCAACUCAGCUUCCCGCGGUCGGUCCUGAUGAUGAUCUGACAGGAUUGAUGCUUCGAAUAUUCCCGUUGAAGGCGGAGCCGCGCUGGCACGGCCCGCCUCCCAACCAGCUCUCCCUGGCCUUGCAGCAAGCUCUGGCCAAAGAGAUCAUGCGAGCCAAGCAGGGUCACGUUCACCAGGGGGGGUUGGCGUUCUGUCUCCUGCAGGCCAUUGCGGCCUUGCUCACUUCGACCCACGCCGGACAAAUCGUCCUGUCCAUGCACCGUAACCACGCCCUCUCGUGCCCGCUCAUGCGCCAGCUUCACCUCUACCAGCGCCUCGUGCUGCAGGACGUCUCUUUCUCCUCACUGUUCCUCAAGGUCAGUGUCGAGAUGCUGAUCUGGCUUGACAACCCGUCUGUGGAAGUGGGGCCACUGAAGACCCUGCUCAAGUCCUUUAUCAGCCAGAACUCUCACACACACAGAUACAAUGACGUACGUUCAGGUUUUCUUCACCUGGAUGAGACGCUGGCGUAUCGCAGCGACACAGAGGUGCCGCUCAGAGCCGUCAUAGCGAUGCUUAAAGCGGGAGAGAGAUGUAACGCUGAGGCUGAGCUCAUUGGAAAAGUGCUACAAGGACUCAUGGAGGCCAAGUCACCUUAUUUAGAAGAGCUGUUGUCUCUCUUGAUGACUGUCGGUACACAGAACGGGACAGCCGGCCCUGCUGCCAUGGUGAUAUCAUUGCUGUUGCAGGAAAGCGGGGAGCGUGCCGUGAAAAAGGAUACCAAUGAAAACAGCAGCUCCGAGCUGACAAAAUCCGGGUUGAGCUCAGGGCUUCUGGUGGACUGGAUGGAGUAUCUGGACCCCGAGGUUACAUCCGUGUGUCCCGACCUUCAGCAGAAGCUCUUGUUUGCCCUCAACAAGGCACGAGGCACACCGGCCUACAGGCCUUACCUUCUGGCCCUGCUCACGCAUCAGUCCAACUGGUCCACGCUGCUGCAGUGCAUCAGCGCCCUCCUCAGCAAGCGAAAAGACUACAAAUUGGACCCAACGUCUGCUCUGGAUUUCCUGUGGGCGUGCAGCCAUAUCCCACGCAUCUGGCAAGGACGCGAUCAGAAGAUCUCACAAAAGAAAACCGAGAAGUUUGUGUUGCGUCUCAGCUCCGAAGAGCUCAUCAGUCUGGUGGAUCUCAUCCUGGCCGAGUCGGAACUCAACGUCCGCAACUCCCCGCACGACGAGCAGAGCGUGGCGGAGGAAGCCUGCUGCUCUCUCAUCCAGGCCAGGUUGCCUCUUCUCCGCUCGUACUGCAACGGCCGCUUGGAGAACAUCAAGAAAGUGUCCGAGUACCUCAUCAGCUGCACUAAGAAGUGGGAGGACAGCGCCAUGACUAAACGCUGUCAGAACCUGCUGCUGCAGAUCUACCUCCACUUCCCAGAGGUCAUCCAGCAUGUCGCCUUACCCGAGGGGACUUUAAGUAGCGGGGGGACAGCGGACGGAAGCACCUCCAAGCUUGACGUCCUGGUCCACCGUCUGGUCACGCUGCUCGCUGAUGUAGGAGACUCUAAAUCAUCAGAGGGACGUGUUUCUGAUGCUAACCUUGCAUGUAGAAAGCUGGCCGUGUCGCAUCCUGUCCUCUUGCUCAGGCAUCUACCCAUGAUCGCUGGCCUCCUUCACGGUCGCAUUCACCUAAAUUUGCGCGAGUUCCGGCAGCAGAACCACAUGACAUUCUUCAGCAACGUCCUAGCUAUCCUGGAGCAGCUGCAACCCCUGGUAUUCCACACCGACCACCAGAGGGCGCUUCAAGACUGCCUCUUGUCCUUCAUGAAGGUCCUGAAGAACUUUCAAAGGAGCCGUUCCCCUUUAGUCAUCAUCAAUAAAUUCCUCCAAUUUACGCAAAAGUACAUUACCCAUGAUGCAGCAGCCGCUAUCCCGUAUCUGCAGAGACACUCCGACAUACUGCAGAGCAUGAGUGCUGAAAAUCCCGACUUGGUCCAGUUGAAGUCUCUCCUGGCCGGUCUCACGCUUCCUGUAAAGAGCUCUUCCUCAGAGGUCACUGCAGAAGACAGAGAUGAUGAGGUAGCGGCCGGUUCCCUCCCUAUGGUCAACAUCUCUGCGUCGGUUCCUCUAAGCGGCGCUGACAUGACAAAAUAUCUGAAGAAGAUGUCGAGAGGGGAGGCCGUGGAGGACGUGUUGGAAGUGUUGACGGAGGUGGAUGAGAAGUCGAGGAGGAGCCCGGAGAUCAUCCAGUACUUCAUCAACGACCUGCAGAGACUCAUGACGUCCUCUGAGGAACUGUGUCGGAAUAUCGCCUUCAACCUGGCGUUGCGCUGCAUCCAGAAUAAUCCCAGCCUGGCCACCGACUUCCUGCCGACGUUCAUGUACUGUAUGGGCAGCGGGGACUUUGACGUGGUGCAGACAGCCUUGAGGAAUCUUCCGGAAUAUGUGUUGCUCUGUCAAGAGCAUGCAGACAUCUUACUCCACAAGGCGUUCUUAGUGGGCGUCUACGGACAAAUCGACACCAGUUCUAUGAUCUCAGAGUCCAUGAAGGUCCUUCACAUGGAAGCAAUUUAGAUUAUUUGGUAUUUUUCACCACACACACGUCUUUGAUUCGUAUUACCCAAGUAUGGAAUUAGGCUUUGGCCAAGGGUUUGAAUUUAUAUGAAUUUCAGUCACCGAAACAUUUUGGACUUUUAAACGGAAAACCACAAAGUCAUUCAUGUCUUUGUCCGCAAUCCGCAAUGUUUUGCUGUCACCUAAAAAGCGUUUCUGAAGCACACCCCCGCUGAAUAAAAGGAAUGACACAAUCUGCUUUUGAGUGAGUAGUGGAACAAAUUUUAUGCAGCCAAAAAAAAAAAAAAAAGAUGAGUUGAAAUAGUAAAUAAAACAUCCUAGCAGCUACCAAACCCAAUUAUUAACUCUGUGUAAGAUGAGGGGAAAAAAAAACGAUGCUAACAGGCGCCUUUCAAUUCGUUGCAGACAAAGCAGCCAAGCGUCUGUCACGCUGCGUGGCGGCUCGCUCCUCGCCGGCGUGCGGCAGACAGAUUAAAAGGCGCGAUGAACAUGCCGCGAUGGAAACCAUUUUGCCAUGAAAGUGUGUCUUGUUUAGCGCCGUGCCGCCAACUUCCUCUGAAAGCCUCCUGAUGGAGCGCAAAGAGCCCCCCAGUCAAACAAUGCAGGCAUGCGGGGCCCCGAAAGGAGGAAAGUGGACUUCCCCCCUUUGGGGACAAAUUGACCGUGGCGGUAAUUGUUCAAUCAUUUCCAGCCAAAGGUCCGCUUUGAUGACGUGAUACGAGUCCGACCCCCGUCAGACUGCCACUGGGUGUUGUGUUUCGCGGAACGUGAGGAUGAGGCAGGAGGCAUGCCCGCACUUGUCACUCAGUGGAAGCUGUCACUCAGAAAUAAAAAGUCCAGUAAUGUCCAUUCAGCUUUUAGCACUCGGUACCUUUGUACUACACUCUUUGGAACAUAGGAACAACCCCCCCCCCCCCCCCCCCCCUCCCAAAGCAACACAAACUUUUUAAAACUUGCUCAUGACUAUUAAUAUGCAGUGUAUAAUUUCUACCACUAGGGGUCUCUGAACCAAAACAAAGUAGUCCAUUCAUGUGCUUUACCUUUUUUUUAUUAAUUAAACAUGCAGUGUAGUCUAAGAUAAGUCAAGCUUUUAUAUACUCCAUAUAGCAAAUUAUAGCACGGGUGUUUAUUUACCUAAAUUACUGUUAUUAAUUUUUUUAUACAGGGUGAUUGGCUGUUUUAAAAUACUUCAAAUUCUGUUAUUUACUCUUUAAUGUAAGUCGACUGUACCAAACAUAAGACAUUGGUGCAAAAGAUAUGAGAACCUAUGUCUUCCAUCCCAUAAUAGUGUCCGAUGAAACACAUUGACGCCAUUACUAACUGUAACUGUAGAAGCUAGUAGCGAUUCCUGGUGCCCGUAUGACCUUUUAACUAAUUUGAACAGAAAACGUAGCUCGUUGAUAUUCCAAUUAAUGGUCCAACGAAUCAGCAACUAUUUUGGUACUCCAUUAAUGCUUUUUUUAAAUUAAAAAAUAUAAAUAUUCUCUGAUUUUAGCCUCUCAAGUGUGAAUUUUGAUUUGAAUUUUUGUCAUCAUCCAUGGGGAAUUAUUAUCUUUUGUAUUCUAAGCAAAACAAGAUAUUGUUGACUUUGGAGAACAGUGACAGACAUUUUUUUUUUAACUUUAUUCUGAUGUGUUGUGGACCACACUAACUGAUUUGGCAGUCCAAAGUUCAUCCCACAAUCAAAAUAUUGUAAAUAAAGACAUAAUAGUAAAAGAAAAAAUGUACAACAACCUUGAAAUGUACAAAUAAUAUAUAUAUGAUAUAUAUAGUAGUAUAGUAGAAUAUUUAUAAUAGUAUAAUAAAUGAGAAUUUAACAGAUAAUUAAGAAAAUAAAAGAAAAAAUGAGGAAAAUAUAUUGGAAUAUAAUAGUAUAAUUAAUGAUAAUUUAACAGAUAAUUAAGAAAAUAAAAGAAAAAAAUAGGAAAAAUAUAUUAGAAUAUUUAUAAUGGUAUACAAAAUGAGACUAACAGAUAAUUUAGAAAAUAAAAGAAAAAAUUAGGAAAAAUAUAUUAGAAUAUUUAUAAUAGUAUAAUAAAUGAGAAUUUAACCGAUAAUUAAGAAAACAAAAUUAAAAAAAUGAGGAAAAAAGUGUAACGUAAUUAGAAAAAGUCCACGCUAACAUGGCGCAAGUUGCAGCCCUAAUUGUAAUUCUUAAUAUUGCCUUUCAUACCCAUACAUUAUGGUCCAGUACUUCAUAGCAAUAUGGACCCAUACCUAUACAGUCAUCACUAUCAUACCAAUGUCAUGUCAUGGAUCAUACUGAGCCAUGAUGUGCGCGUUGAUAUCAUUAUCACACCGAUAUGAGCCGAUACGGUUCAUAUAUAUGUACGUAUAGCGGCUGGAUUUUGUCAACUCGCGAUACUUCAAACGCUACCAUGUAAUGGAAUUGCUAAAAAGCUGCAUCAGGAUGUAUCCCUACGGAAUACUGUAAUUGAAUAGUGGCCUUAAUUGGACUAAAAGUCGACUAUUCCUGAACUAUGAGUCUGCUUUUAAUGACUGUAUUUACACAAGAUGUCGUCCUGCCGUUAAUUGCACCUGCAUGGUGUCCUAUAACUAGCCGAGAGCUGUGUUUACGGUUAUCCAUCAACCUGCUGCACAAGUCCUGACGGCUCUUGGUCAGGCGCCAGCAUCCUAUUGGCCGGGCAGCAGCCAGGCGGAACGGAGAUGAGUGACGGCAAGAAGCGUGGUAGCAUGAAGGGCGGGUAGAAGUUGGGAAAAACUUGCGGCGUCGUUACCUUUAGUUGUGAGGCUGCAUGCCCUCAGCUGAGGCCAGCCACCCCUGAGCCACGCCCACUUUGGUGGUGCCAGAUAGUGGUAUUGAUCACAGUGAUCAGCUUGGCAGGAAUGUAAAUGCUGCCUUUUUGUUUCGGUUAAAGGAACGAGGGGAUGUGCCGCUACCUGCCCCCCCUCGCACAUCUGUCCGCUCUUCCUCUCAGUGGCACCCCUGGCUUUAGAUCAUCUCCUCCUCGUCCACGCUUCAGUUGCGCUCGGCUCGCGUGGAAAAAAAAAAAAAAAUCUCUUUCCCGCUGCCACUUUGAUGUCUCAAGUGUGAUUUGCUUUUGCAUCGUAGGCCGCUUUUCACCUUAAUGACAUGAAAAGCAAGACCGGGGCCUCUUCUCGGGUCCCCCCCCCCCAAAGGCUGCCGACGAUGCUCGACUAAAACUAAAAGUGCACCCCGCGCUCUGCCGGGGAUUCGAUUACCGGCACCCAACAUUGACGCCUCCUCAGGCAUGACAUCCACUUUUCCUCCCAAGUUACAAAAGACUUUUAAUGUGUGCUGAUUGAAUUAUGCCAAUCCACAUUCCUCACGGGGUUUUUUCUACAACAGACAUGAAAGCCUUUGGAAGUAGGAAAGCACUCGACUGCUCAAGCCUGACCACAGUGUGGCGAGUAGCCGUUUGUGCAAUCAGAAGCGUGUGCUCUGACAAGAAAGAGGCAGGGGAUGACCGUCAUUGAAUCAUGUUUUUAAGCUCAACGUACUGUAAGUGAACGUCAAUGACAAGGUUUACUCAAUAAUAAUAAUAACAUAUAAAAGCAUAGAAAACCUUAUGACUUUCUAAAUAACAGGAUUUUAACAUUAUGAAUGCACUGGCGACAUGAAGUACCGCCUUUGUUUACGUCACACCGAGCUAAACAGUUAGCCUCUCCAAUUGACUUAUUCUAAAUGAGUGGCGGAGAAGAAGAACAAGGAAGCCAUGAUCUUACCACUUCCACACAAAAUGAGAGGAGAACUUUUCUUUCCACUCUGUAUCUGCCAUGGCAUGUCAAUUAUUCAAUAAUUAUUAUUCAAUAAUAAUAAUAACAUAUAAAAGCAUAGAAAACCUUAUGACUUUCUAAAUAAGGGGGUUUUAACAUUACGAGUGCGCUGUCGAUAUGAAGUACCGCCUUUGUUUACAUCACACCGAGCUAAACAGUUAGCCUCUCCAAUUGACUUAUUCUAAAUGAGUGGUGGAGAAGAAGAACAAGGAAGCCAUGAUCUUACCACUUCCACACAAAAUGAGAGGAGAACUUUUCUUUCCACUCUGUAUCUGCCAUGGCAUGUCGAAAAAUAGCAAAAAAAUAUAUAUUUUUUGCCCAUGUUUAGGAUAAAAUGUAAAAACGUGAAGAUAUAGUACAUGCUUUCCAUUCAGCAGUUAUGUACUCGAAAGUACUUUUCGGACAUGUGAACUGUGAACAUACCAACCAAGCAGUUAGUGUGCACUAAAAAUUGCUUUAUGCCAUUUAUUGCUGUUUUUUUAAUACGUUACAAAUGUCAAUGACAAGGUUUACUCAAUAAUAAUAAUAAGAUGACAGCACCAUCAUAGUACUGUAGUACUAUACUAUAUAGUACUAUAGUACAAGUACUGGUAAGGAAGCAGUUGUUACAUAGUUACAAAAAAUUCAUUCAUUUUCUACCGCUUAUCCUCACAAGGGUCGCGGGGGGUGCUGGAGCCUAUCCCAGCUGUCUUCGGGCCUUGGACUGGUGGCCAGCCAAUCACAGGGCACAUAUAGACAAACAACCAUUCACACUCACAUUCAUACCUAUGGACAAUUUGGAGUCGCUAAUUAACCUAGCAUGUUUUUGGAAUGUGGGAGGAAACCGAAGUACACAGAGAAUGCCGAGGGUGGAAUCGAACUCGGGUCUCCUAGCUGUGUGGCCUGCAUGCUAACCACUUGUUCACUGCGCAGCCCCUCACAAAAUAUUCAUUCAUUCAUUAAUUUUUUUUUUAUGCCUUUAUUCGUCCCUCAGUGGGGAAAUUUGUAAUUUUCUACCACUUACCGUCACGAGGGUCGCGGGGGGUGCUGGAGCCUAUCCCAGCUGUCUUUGGGCGAGAGGCGGGACUUAACACCCUGGACUGAUGGCCAGCCAAUCACAGGGCACAUGUAGACAAACAACCAUUCACACUCACAUUCAUACCUAUGGAACUCACUGCGACAUAGGAAAAGAGUGAGUAAUUUUACUUUAUUUUAGUUUAAUUCUAUUAAAUUAAUAGUUAAAUGCAGACAAUUUUUUAAAAAUGUUUCUUUAAACUACAGAUUAAUUCACACGGUUUGUGGUUAGAACAGCUAGGAAGUCAGCCAAUCAAUUACUUUUACUUUAUUUUAGUUUUAUUAUACUCCUUCAACUAAUAGGAAAACCUGUUAAGGAGUACCUUAAUUAAAUAAAGAAACUGACUCAGCAUAAACUUAGCAUAAUAAUUAUAUGGACAGUUGUUGCC